AUCAUCAGUUUUUCAUUAACCACCCAGCAUUUCAAUCAAUCAGAAAACAAGAGAUUUAAACGGCCGGUUUAUUUUUAUUGCUGCUUUAGUGGAUUAUAAGAAAUUUAAACAUGAAAUUUUUGGGCGUAGCAUGUCUGCUUGCUCUUGCUGUGCUGUCAAGUGCUGAAGAAGAGAAAAAAGUACCCGAAGAAACAAAAGUUGAGGAAACUAAAGCCGAGCCAUUAGCUGAUAAGAAACAAGACAAACGUGGAAUUCAUUCUUUCGGUGACUGGUCAUCAUCUCAUGAUCAUGGACAUCAUGAAGAAAAGGUUUUGACCGUCAUCAAGAAGGUGCCAGUUCCAGUACCACAUGUUAAAACUGUUCAUGUUCCCCAUUACAAGGAAGUCCAUGUUCCUUAUCACGUCAAAGUUCCAAAACCAUAUCCAGUUGUCAAGCAUGUUCCUUAUGAAGUCAAACAAGUCGUUAAAGUUCCAGUACAUGUCGACAAACCUUACCCUGUUGAGAAGGUUGUUCACUACCCAGUACAUGUCAAAGUAGAGAAACCAGUUCCUUAUGAAGUCAAGGUUCCAAAACCAUACCCAGUUGUAAAAGAAGUCAAAGUACCAGUUGAAGUUAAAGUACCAAAGCCUUAUCCAGUUGAAAAAACUGUCCACUUUCCAGUUGAAAAGAUCGUUCAUGUUGACAAACCUUAUCCAGUUGAAAAGGUUCAACAUUAUCCAGUGCAUGUGAAGGUUGACCGUCCAGUUCCAUAUCACGUUGAUAAACCCUAUCCAGUUUAUCACGAAAAGAAAGUUCCAGUACCUGUUUACAAGGAAGUGAAGGUUCCACAUCACGUGCAUGUUGAUCGACCAGUCCCAGUAUACAAGGAAAAGAAAGUCGAAGUCCCAAUAAAGGUUCCUUACCCCGUCCCAUACCCAGUCCACAAAGAAGUCCCAGUACCAGUCUACAAGGAAGUUAAAUACCCAGUCCAUGUUCCCGUUGAACGACCAGUCCCAAUCACACUCGAGAAGCACGUCCCACAUGUCGUGACAAAGUCAAAGCCUUACAAGAUCGAAGUUCCAACACACCAUGGUCACAGUGGCGGCGGAGGUGAUGGUGGAUACAGCAGCGGAGGUAGUGGACAUGGAGGUGAUGGCGGAUACAGCAGUGGAGGUAGUGGACAUGGAGGUGACUUCGGAUUCAGCAGCGGUGGUGGCGGACAUGGAGGUGAUGGUGGUUACAGCAGCGGUGGUAGCGGACAUGGAGGUGAUGGUGGUUACAGCAGUGGAGGUGGACAUGAAGGACUCUCUGGAGGAUAUUAAACUGUGAUUACGUCUACUAUUAAUAUCUACUAAAUAUCACAUAACUUGUUACCUAUUAAACAUAUGCGCGCAUGUGUCACU